GUGUGCCGCUGUCCACCCAGUGGGGGCCUCAAGGCUAUUUCUACCCCAUCCAGAUUGCUCAGUACGGCCUCAGCCAUUACAGCAAGAACCUCACUGAGAAGCCUCCUCACGUAGAGGUGUACGAAACGGCCGAGGAGCGGGACCAAAGCGGCCGUCUGGGCGACUGGACCAUCCCCAAAGGCUGCUCCAUCACCACCUUGCCUGACAAGUCCAGAUUCACCAACGUCAAGCAGUUUGUUGCUCCAGAAAACUCCGAGGGGGCCUCCCUGCAGCUGGGAAACUCGAGGGACUUCAUCAUUUCCUUUGACCUCAAAUUUGUAACGAACGGAAGCGUUUCGGUGGUUCUGGAGACGACCGAAAAGAACCAGGUCUUCACGGUGCACUACGUUACGAACUCUCUCUUGGUCGCUUUCAAGGACAGGAGCAUCUCCUACGGCAUCGGGCCCAGGACUAGUUGGAGCACGCUCACUCGAGACCUGGUGACGGACCUGAGGAAGGGGGUGGGCCUCUCGAACACGAAAGCGGUCAAGCAGACCAAGAUCAUGCCCAAGAGGGCGGUGAGGCUGGUGGUAAAAGGGAAGGGCUUUCUGGACAACGUCACCAUCUCCACUACGGCCCACAUGUCCGCUUUUUUUGCUGCUAGCGAUUGGCUGGUGAGGAACCAGGACGACAAGGGCGGGUGGCCAAUCAUGGUGACUCGGAAGCUGGGGGAGGGCUUUAAGUCUUUGGACCCGGGCUGGUACUCUGCUAUGGCACAAGGGCAAGCUAUCUCUACCCUAGUCAGAGCCUACCUGUUGACCAAGGACCACACAUUCCUCAACUCCGCUUUGCAAGCAACUGCACCUUACAAGCUCUUGUCGGAGCAACGCGGCGUGAAGGCCAUCUUCAUGAACAGACACGACUGGUACGAGGAAUAUCCCACUUCGCCCAGCUCCUUUGUUUUGAACGGAUUCAUGUACUCCCUGAUUGGACUGUACGACUUAAAGGAAACUGCAGGGGAGAAGCUAGGCAGAGAGGCCAAGCUCCUGUACGACCGGGGCAUGGAGUCCCUCAAGGCGAUGCUUCCGCUGUACGACACGGGUUCGGGAUCCAUCUACGACCUCCGUCACUUCAUGCUCGGCACGUCUCCCAACUUGGCCCGGUGGGACUACCACACCACCCACAUCAACCAGCUCCAGCUGCUCGGCACGAUCGACGAGUCGCCCGUCUUCAGAGAGUUUGUCAAGAGGUGGAAGACUUACCUGAAAGGGAGCCGGGCCAAGCACAACUGAGCCGAGCCGAGCCGAGGGGCUGAAAAAGGUCUUUCUCCAGGCCGGUCUGCUGGCGAAUGGCCGUCUUUCCACCAAAACGUUCAACAAGGUGGGGUGCGUGUGGGGUGCGUGUGCGUCCGGCUUUUGAAAACAGAUUCUGUUUCGAAGAAGUGGUCCUUAAAACCCAGUCUUUUUAACCGAUUGCAUUCCAGUGGAAAAUACUUGAGUGUGGGAAGCAAACGUUCCCAGCGCCAUCCCGGUCCCAGAUUGUUUAUCCUAGGCAGAGUUGCUCCAGUUUAAGCCCACAGUGAGUCUGAACGGGAGGGAGUGCCCCUGCCUUAGGAUUGCGCUGUCGAUGUGUUUGCUAACCUGCUCCGCAGCAAUCUGUGGUGACGCUGCAGCGUAGCGUAAUGCGCCUGUCCUCAUGAGAGUUUCCCCCCUCCUGUAGGGGGAAAAAAAGAACGUACGGAUGGCUUUCAUCAUUCAGCGUCUGGUAGGAAAAUUAGAAUAUGGCCUCUUGAAAAUUAAAAAUAGAAUUAUUUCUAUUUGCAGCAGCAUUGGGGGGGGGGGGGGGAAAUGUCUGCAAGACACCUCUGCCUGCUUGGAACCCAGAGAGUGGGACGGCGUCCUUCUUUUUGAGGGAGGAAGGGCAGUUUUUUAAAUACUUUUGUUUCCUUCUGGGGAAAUUCAGAGCUAUUUGUUUAAAAAUAAUUAAGUACUUUAAAUGCUUCGUUUAUUUGAAGAUGUGCAAACGGGGGAAAUUGUCGUGCCAUUUGGGAUUCUCUGUGAAGCUCCGCAGAGGGACCGCCGACAGCGGCCGGAACUGCCAAAGAGUCUGCUGGUGCCCUUGCGCAGUUCCCCGCUCUUUGUCCGAGAGAGGCGCUCUGUGGAUCUUGCCCACUGGCGAGGGCGGGCUUUGCUCUUCUAAGCACAAAGGCAGCUGACUGCACAAAAGACGGCCACCUCGUCUCCAACUAGCUGGUUCCAGAGCCAGAGUUUCAAGCUUAGUCUUUCCAGUUGUUGUAAGCAAACCAAAUUUUAUUCAUAAGUGGGGUUCUGCUGACCCCUGAGUUUUUCCACAGCGCUGGGAUCUUGCAAGUGCUCCUCUGUGUUUUGUUUUUGUGAAUGGCUGGGGGGUGGGGGGCAGUUUGAGGCUUGUAGCUGACUGUAAAUCAUGCCUCCCCUGCCUUCGCUCCGUGGUGCAGGCCGACAGCACCGGCCGCUUCCCCCCUUUGGCUUGGCCCAGUGUUUGUCAUGGUGACCCAAGCAAAGGCUGGCCAAGGGCCAACCCAUUGGGCGUCCAGAGGGCCUGUGUGGUCCCCACAUGUGGAUGCUCCCCUCUCUGGCUACGAUGUGCUUGGGGAAGCCCUCUCUCGCGGCGCUCCAGGCUGUUCAGUGGAGCUCCCGUUAAUAUGAUUGUCUAGAAACUUGCUUUGGAAGUCUUCUGUUGCUGCUGGUUGGAAAUGCCUUUGCCGUCUCUUUCUCCCAUUCUCUCUCAGAUGUCCUGCAUUUUGGCCAUUCCCUCUUGAUCUGCAGCCUCUGAGGAAGUGAAGGUUUGGGGGAUCCAAGCAGACAGCUGUAGAGAGGUCCGGCGGGUAUAAAUCUGAAAGGUGCCCUUCGCCGGGAGGAGCAAGCGCAGCAUGCUGGGCCAUGGGCUGAUGCAUCUGCAAAUCGCUUGGCUGCUCACCAAAGCACAAACCCCGGUCAGAUCCACGCACGUUGUUAUUGGCAGCUGUUCCUUUCCUUCUCAUAUUGUGACGGACCACAAUUGCUGACAUCUCUGCAUCACUCUGGAAAGGGCACAGGCCAGUGAUCCGGGGGGGGGGGGUGUCCCAUAAAGCACUUCUGGAGACGGAAGAGCCAAAUGGUUCCCGUUAACUUCCUGUUCCCGAGAGGGCCCCUGCCCUCCCACGAGAGCGGCAUUGCAAGGUGGCAUUUGGGGCCUCGGCAGAAAGGGGCAGCCAUGAAAAGCCUUCUGCGCCGUUUGCUCUGUUAGCAGGAAUGCUUAGUGCAGUGGUGGCGAAC